GUGCAGGCAGCAGCGGCAGCGGGGCCAGCUGCUCGCUGCGGUUGUUGUUUGUGGCGGUGGACGGGGUGGCGCCGCUGGCCAAGAUGAACCAGCAGCGCACUCGGCGCUUCCUGGCGGCGCAUGUGGCGGAGGUGACGGAGCGAGUGGAGCGGGAGGUCCGUGCCGAGAUGGCCUCCCAGGCCGGCGGCCAGCGCGCCAUCCCCCACCUGGCCCCGCACCGCUUCGACCCCAACAUCAUCUCCCCCGGCACCGCCUUCAUGGCGCGAGUGGCGGCCCGGGUGCGGGCGCUGCUGAGGGAUAAGGUCGGCAGCGACCCACGGUUCGCACAGAUGAGGGUGGUGGUGUCCGACUCGUACGAGCCCGCUGAGGGGGAGCACAAGAUCAUGCGCUUCAUCCGCCACCUGCGCUCACGACCCGGGUACGACCCCAACACACGACACGUCAUAUACGGCCAGGACGCCGACCUGCUGCUGCUGUCGUUGCUGCUGCAUGAGCCGCACGUGCGCAUCCUGCGGGAGGGCGACCCCGCCCUGCUGCCAACCACUGCGGCCACUGCAGGAGGUAGCAGCGCUUCAACAGCGGCAGCAGCGGCGGCGGCGGCGGCGGCAGUCAAACAGCAGCUGCGGCAGCCCCAGGCGCGCAGGGGCACCCCACAACAGCCACAGCCGCAUGAAGGAGGGGCAGGGGUGCUACCGGGGCCGGCUGGCGGCAGCGGCUCAGGAGGAGCGGGCACCGGCGACUCCCCCUCUCCCUCUUCCUCCCCCUCCUCCCCUGCUCCCCCCCAGCUGCUGUUCGAGGAGGUUGACCUGGGGCUGCUGCGGGAGUGCCUGCACUGGGAGUUCGCGGAGCUGUGCGGAGCACCGGAUGGUCGGCCCAUGCACGCGGGGGGCCUUGGAGCAGAAGAGGAGGAGGCGGAGGAGGAGGGAGAAGAAGAGCGGGCGGAAGAGGAGGAGGCGUCCGUUGAGCGGGAAGGGGAUGGUGCGGACGAUGGCGAGGGGGAAGAAGUGGAGUUAUUGGGGCUGCAGCUGCAGGGGGAGGGUACGGGGCAUGCGCUCCCGGGUGCCGACACGGCUAGCGGAGAUGGCGGCGGAAGUCAGGGGAAGCCGGGAGAGGUGGCCCCAUUGAGACCCAUGGGUCUGCAGCCGCCGCCCGGCUUCUCAACUUCCACAUCGCCGCUACCACUACAGCUGCCGCCGCAGCAGCUACCCCGCCCGGAGCAGCAGCAGCCACCACUGUAUCCUCCCCCGCCACCGCUCUUACAACCACACCAGCAGCCGCAGCAGCAGCAACCGCAGCGGCCCCCGCAGCCGCAGCAGCAAGUCGCCGGGCCGCACCCCUUUCCUCCUCCCUCCCUGCCCCCCGCCCUCGCACUCGCCCUGGGCCCCCAGCGCCACCCGGGCAGGCAGGGCAUGGGGGCACUGCCGCUGCCGCCACCUCUGCCGGGGGUGCCGGCCACCGCUGCAGGGGCGGCGGCAGCAGGGGUGGCGGCGGCAGCAGCGGCACCUGCCGGGGGUGGCGGGGUGGCAGCAGCACGGCCUGCAGCUGUGGCGGCAGCUGUGGCGGCAGCGGCGGUGGCAGCAGACUGGGAGGGUGAGCAGGGUGAGGGUGAGGGUGAGGAGGAGGCGGAUGUGGAGGAGCUGUUGGGGCUGCUGGGCGGCGGUGGUGGCAGCGGGCAACAGCGGGGCACAGCGGGGCCCGCAGCAGCCCCGCCACAGCAGCAGCAGCAAUGCCUACCGCCGCUGCUUCCGCAAACGACACAGCCACCGCCACACCCACCGCCUCCGGGUGCACUGCGCGUGUUAUUUCCGUACUCCGUAUCACACCCGCCUCCACCGCCUCCUGCGCCGCUACCGCCGGCCCCGCCGCCACCUCCCCCGCGGCCAGCUACCCCUCCCCUGCCAGCGGAGCGAUCCUGCUCGCACGAAACACAGCCGGAUGGUGACGUGUACGGCAGAGCUGGCGGCGGUGUUAGCGGCGGUGUAACAGCGGCGAUGACCAUGUCAGCAGCACAAGUACCAGUACCAGUACAUGCACCGGCGGCGGCGGUGACGGCGACAGUGACGGUGACGGCGGCGGCGGCAGCGCUACCCGCAGUACGGCAGCCUCAUCAGUCGUACGGCGGUCCCCGUUGUCGCGGCUGGUGGCCGCCCGCGCAGCAGCAGGUGGGGGAGCUCACGGCGGUGGGGGGAGUGGCGGCGACAGCAGCGGUUGUGGGGUCGGCGGUAGUGGCAGAAGCUGGUGAGGACGGCAUGGGUUCCCCGCGUCUCGGUGGCGCGACAGCAGCGUCAGUCGGGAAGGCUGCUGCUGCUGCUGCUGCUGCUGCUGCUGCUGCUGCUGCGAGGGGCUCCGCACGCACCUCCGCCGCCGCCACGUCAGCCCCCGGCUCCACCGCCGGCCGCCCUUCAGCCCCCAGCAGCUCUUCUGCCCCCCGGUUCCACUUCGAGCGGGUGUUGGAGGACCUCGUGGUGCUCACAUUCCUGGCGGGUAACGACUUCCUGCCGCACGUCCCCUCCAUCGACAUCUACGACCAGCCCUCGGGACUGGAGCUGCUGCUGGCGGGUUACAAGGCGCUGCUGCCUGAGAUGAAGGGCUGCAUCACGCAGGGUUGCGGCCAGCUGAACCCCACCCGCCUGUCCCAGCUGCUGGGCCGACUGGCGCGCGACGAGGAGGCGGCCUUCGCUCGCCGGGCGGUGGGGCGGGGGGGGAGGGAGGGAGGUGGGAGGAGGACGAGGAGGGCUAGCCAGGACAAAGGACACCGCACGGCUGCCUCCCCACCUUGUGCUUGCUUGGACCCCCUUGCGCCAUGCGCCCAACACAGCCCUUCCCUUCCCUCUCCCACCUCCCCGACUUCCCUUCCUAGUUGAUUCCCCC